CCAUUCUUAAAGAGCCGUUCGUUCGCGAAUAAUCCAUCACUAGGAAGAAGACAAUUAAUAUGGCAGCAGGUAGCUCCUGCACGAUAGUGGAAUAUUUUGGGGGCGAUGACGGCUACCGCUGUGGUUAUUGUAAAAAUGAGAAGGGUAACUUCUCUCAUGGGAUGUGGUCCCAUGCCAUGACAGUACAAGACUACCAGGAUCUCAUAGACAGAGGAUGGAGACGAAGUGGGAAGUAUGUUUACAAGCCCAUCAUGAACAAGACCUGCUGUCCACAGUACACCAUCAGGUGUCAUGCCUUGAACUUUCAGCCAUCUAAAACCCACAAGAAGAUCCUGAAGAAGAUGAGCAAGUUUCUGUCUAAAGGGGAGAUGCCAACGGAACAAGGCGAUGGGGAGCCCAUGGACUCGCUGUGUGAGGAGGGAGGACUGCACGGCCCUGUUAAAGUCUGUCACUCUGAGGUGGCGAGUCCUGUGGUCACAGCCAUUCUGACUGAGGAGGGCGACACCACACCAGCCAAGUUUGAAACCGCUAGAAAAGACCCAGUGUCUGUUCCAGACGGGAGAGGACCAGAAACAACCCCCAAACCGGGGGUAGGAGCGGACCCCGGCAGGCCGUUGUGUAGGAAAGCCAAAGAACUGAGGAAGGCUCGCCGGCUGCAGAAGGAGCAGAAGAGACAGGUGGGGGGUGGAGUCCCGGACUCUGCGACCUCUAACCCCGCCACGCCCGUCCAGCUCAACCAACCCAAAGCCCUGGAGGAGUUCAUCAACGAAUCUCUGCCCGAUAGUCCUCUGCACCAUCUCGAGGUGAGGCUAGUGCGCUCCAACCCCCGUUCACAGUUCAAAGCCUCUUUCGACGCCUCCUACCAGGUGUACAAACUCUACCAGAUGGCCAUUCACCACGACCCUCCAGACAAGCCCACCGAGAGCCAGGUGAGGCUAGUGCCCGUCAAUGAUGAUGAUCCUCAGUUCAUGGCGACCUAUGAGCAGUCGGCAGCGCUGUACGCACGCUACCAGAUGGCCGUUCACGGCGACACCCCUUCCGAGUGUAACGAGAGUGAGUUCAGGAGAUUUCUCUGUGACUCACCACUUGAGAUGGAGACGCCUCCGGAUGGACCAGCGGCGGGCUACGGUUCCUUCCACCAACAGUACUGGCUGGAUGGCCGCAUCGUGGCAGUGGGAGUAGUGGACAUCCUGCCCACCUGCGUGUCCUCUGUCUACCUGUACUACCACCCCGACUUCGCCUCUCUGUCGCUGGGCUCCUACUCUGCACUCAGGGAGGUUGCCUUCACCAGGCAGCUGCAGAAACAGUCCCCCAAGCUGUGCUUCUACUACCUGGGCUUCUACAUCCACUCCUGCAACAAGAUGCGAUACAAGGGGCAGUACCAGCCUUCAGACCUCCUGUGCCCAGAGACAUAUGUCUUUGUGCCCAUAGAAUGCUGCAUCCCCAGCCUGGAGCAGACCCACUACGCACGCUUCAACCAGGACCCCGACGCAGGUGACACACACGUACUGAAGGACCUGGGUCGUGCUCUGGUGCUGUACAGACGGACGGUCAUGCCCUACGCCGCCUACGCCCGCAAACGCAAGGGCUCCAACGACGAGAUGGAGGUGGCGCAGUACGCUGGCCUGGUGGGCCAGCUCUGUGCUGAGAGGAUCCUGCUAUACCGGGCGUAACCCACUGGGGGCGCCACCGCCACCCUGCACCUUGAUCCGCUCAUGUGUCUCUGUCUGUCCCGCUGUCUUUGUAAGUGCUUUCCACUGCUUCACUCUACAAUAGCCUCACAAAGUUUAGCUCUACUACACAUAGGCCGAACCAACACAUUCAAGUAUGUACCUGCUUUCAGAAAGAAUUCACGCCCCUUCACUUUUUUCACAUUCUGUUGUGUUACAGCCUGUAUUUUAAAUGGAUUAAAUUGAGAUUGUGUUACUGGCCUAAACAUAAUACCCCAGAAUUGAAUUAUGUUUUUAGAAAUGUUUACAAAUUAAUUAAAAAUGAAAGCUGAAAUGUCUUGAGUAUUCAACCCCUUUGUUAUAGCAAGUCUAAAUAAGUUUAGAAGUAGAAAUGUGCAUAACAAGUCACAUACUAAUUUGCAUAGACUCUGUGUGCAAUAAUAGUGUUUAACACUAGAACCGCUGGGCCUGGAGGGACCAAUUUUCAAGCUAAUGAGCAGUCAGUCAGACUGCAACAUUCUAACAGUAUAAUUAAUACAUUUCAUAUACAGUACGCUAUCGCAAAAAUAAUAAUUUUGGUUGCCUUUAAGAAGGCUUUGGGUUCAAAAAAACACAAUAGCAUUUUGAUUAGUUUGUUACUGUAGGACAGUCAAGAUCACUUUCGCAGCCAAAAAGCAAGCGGCGAUCUACUGCUCAGAAUUUUCUUAAAACAUAACUUAAGACAUUAACCUAAUAAAAACAGUUGUGUAGGAAUGAAGCCUGUGCAGUAGGUCUAGUACAUUAUCACAGCAUAUUGGCUAUAUGCCUGGCCUGCCAAUAUUGUUCUUCUCAGACCAUAUUAUAUUUAAAAACUCAAGCUUUGAUAACAAAAUAAAUCAGUUGAUGUAGCAAGGCACAUCUGAGCAUGAAUUUAAAUAUAUUUUUCAAAUAAUUCGCUUUUUUAUUGUACCAAAAGUAUGUGGACACCUGCUCAUCGACCAUCUCAUUCCAAAAUAAUGGGGAUUAAUAUGAAGUUGGUCCCCACUUUGCGGCUAUAAUAGCCUCCACUAUUCAGGGAAGGCCUUCCACUAGAUGUUGGAACAUUGCUGUGAGGACUUUCUUACAUUCAGCCACAAGAGAAUUAGUGAGGUCGGGCACUGAUGUUGGGUGGUUAGGACUGGCUCUCAGUCUGCGUUCCAAUUCAUCCCAAAGGUGUUCGAUGGGGUUGAGGUCAGGACUCUGUGCAGGCCAGUCAAGUUCUUCCACACCGAUCUCGACAAACCAUUUCUGUAUGGACCUUGCUUUGUGCAUGGGGGCAUUGUCAUUCUGAAACAGGAACGGGCCUACCCCAAACUGUUGCCACAAAGUUGCCAGCACAGAAUCGUUGAGAAUGUCAUUGUAUGCCGUAGCGUUAGGAUUUUUCUUCACUGGACCUAGGCGGACCAUGAAAAACAUUAUUCCUCCACCAAACUUUAGUUGGCACUAUGGAUUUAGGCAGCUAAUGUUCUCCUGGCAUCCACAAAAAUCCAGAUUAAUUUGUCAGACUGCCAGAUGGUGAAGCGUGAUUCAUCACUCCAGAGAACGCGUUUCCACUGCUCCAGAGUCCAAUAGCAGCGAGUUUUACCACUUCAGCCAACGCUUGUUAUUGCGCAUGGUGAUCUUAGGCUUGUGUGGAAACCGUUCUUGUGCUGACGUUGCUUCCAGAGGCAGUUUGGAACUCAGUAGUGUUGCAACCAAGGACAGGCGAUUUUUACGUGCUUCAGCACUCGGCGGUCCCGUUCUGUGAGCUUGUGUGGCCUACCAUUUCACUGCUGAGCUUUUGUUGCUCCUAGAUGUUUCCACUUCACAAUAACAGCAUUUACAGUUGACCAGGGACAUAAAUUUGAUGAACUGACUUGUUGGAAAGGUGACAUCCUAUGACGGUGCCAGGUUGAAAGUCACUGAGCUCUUUAGUAAGGCCAUUUUACUGUCAAUGUUUAUUUAUGGAGAGCUGUGUGCUCGAUUUUAUACACUUGUCACCAACGGGUGUGGCUGAAAUAGCCAAAUCCACUAAUUUGAAGGGGUGUCCACAUACUUCUGUAUAUAUAGUGUGCCUGCAUCUAAUUGUAAUGGUGCUUUCAAGACUCUUGGAACUCUGAAAAAACAAGGCAAAUCAUGACGUCAUUUAACUUCAAGUUGGAAAGUCGGCUCUAGAAAGUUGCCAGAGUUUCUGAGGUGUAAGACCAGUCGGAUCCCUUAUUUUUUAUUAUAUAUAUAUAUUUAUUUAGCAGUGGCUUCUUCCUUGCUGAGUGGCCUUUCAGGUUAUGUUGAUAUAGGGCUUGUUUUACUGUGGAUAUAGAUACUUUUGUACCUGUUUCCUCCAGCAUCUUCACAAGGUCCUUUGCUGUUCUUGGAUUGAUUUGCACUUUUCGCACCAAAGUACGUUAAUCUCUAGGAGACAGAACGUUGUCUCCUUCCUGAGCGGUAUGACGGCUGCGUACUAUUGUUUGUACAGAUGAACGUCGUACCUUCAAGCGUUUAGAAAUUGCUCCCAAGGAUGAACCAGACUUGUGGAGUUCUACUAUUUUUUUCUCUUGAGGUCUUGGUUGAUUUAUUUUUAUUUUCCCAUGAUGUCAAGUAAAGAGGCACUGAGUUUGAAGGUAGGCCUUGAAAUACAUCCACAGGUACAAUUUACUCAAAUUAUGUCAAUUGGCCUAUCAGAAUCUUCUAAAGCCAUUACAUAAUUUUCUGGAAUUUUCCAAGCUGUUUAAAGGCACAGUCAACUUAGUGUAUGUAAACUUCUGACCCACUGGAAUUGUGAUACAGUGAAUUAUAGGUGAAAUAAUCUGUCUGUAAACAAUUGUUGGAAAAAUUACUUGUAGAUUACAAAGUACAUGGCCUAACCGACUUGCCAAAACCAUAGUUUGUUAACAAGAAAUGUGUGGAGUGGUUGAAAAACGAGUUUUAAUGACUCCAACUGUGUUUUUUUUAGGAGUUCCCAGUUGUCUUGAACAUGGAAUCAGUCUCAGUGGAGGGAGGGAGAUAGCAGCAGAGGGUCCGCCUCUCACGGUCCCUCUUUCUUUGCAUUCCUCCGAUGAGACUGACCAUUUAGAGGGGUCACAGUCUUCCACUUGAUUGUGCCUCGGGCACAAAUUCAAAUUCCAGAAAAAGUUCAAUACUCUGCGAUAUUAAAAUAGACAACGAGCUGCUAAUAAUUACAAAACGCAGGGCUAUCGAUACACUUGACUACUCAUUCAAUGCAGCUGCAGUGCGAGUGGAAGUAGAGAGAAAUGUGCUUUAUGUUUUGUAAUAGUGUUGAAUUAAAACAGUGUUGACAGUGCUGAAUAAAACUUCGACAUGAACUCACUCAUAAAAACAGCAGCUAUUUGCUGUAUUCUUUGACAGUAUCUCUAAUGGUAAUGGUUUUAAAAGUUAUAAAAUCUUACCUAAGCUAGUAUCAAUCUUUGCUGUGGCUAGGGUCGUGGAAGCUGUAGGUAGGCACAGUGAUUUGAGCUAUCUGAUUGGCCAGCGCAGUAGGCGCACUCGAUUUAGCCACAGGUCUCCAGGUCUGCCGGGUAGGCAAAGUUUGUCUUUUCAGACAAAUUCAAUGAUUCCAAAUGGAUACAUUUUGCCUACCAGGUGCGCAAGGGCUUCUGAAAAAAAGAGGCAUCUACCGCCAACAGCACACACAAAAAAAACACAUGCCUCUGACUUUAUCGUUGGCUCCUACAGAAAUAUUUGGUGAUCGACUAACAUGCUGACCAGACCGGACACGUCGGGUGCGCGGGCGUCGCAAAAUACAUUUAGAAAUCCGGGUUAUUCAAUUAUUGCACCCACAUUGCUUGCAUGCGCCAAAGAGCGUCUGCGAUGCCAAGGGCUAAAAUAGAACUCCUUUCUCUUUCUGACGCAGAUCGCGCUGAAAGUCCUGCCUCUCCCAUUUCCUCAUUGGUUAUUCCGACGUGGGUGAUUGAAAGAUGAACUUUGUUGCCGGUUGUCGUGGUAAUACUAUGAAAGUGAUCACCAUAUAAGUUCAAAGAUGAAAAACCCUGGAAGGAGGAGAGAUGACUAGAAACAAUUCGGUUGGCCGUUUUAUGUGUGGAUUAAUUGUCGGAAUAGAGGUCCUUGUGCAUUACAGGUAAAAUAACGACUCAAUGUUUAUAUCCCAUGACAAAUUAGCUAGCAACAGCAAGCUAGCUAAAUAGGACAAAUUAACACAUACAAUUAAUUAUCUGUAAGGUCCCUCAGUCGAGCAGUGAAUUUCAAACACAGUUUCAACCGCAAAGACCAGGGAGGUUUUCCAAUGCCUCGCAAAGAGCACCUAUUGGUAGAUGAUAGGGGGUGGGAGGAACCAGAUAUUGAAUAUCCCUUUAAACAUGGUGAAGUUAUUAAUUACACUUUGGAUGGUGUAUCAAUACACACAAAAAUACAGGCCUCCUUCCUAACUUAGUUGUCGGAAAGGAAAGAAACCACUCAGGGAUUUCACCAUAAGGCGAAUGGUGACUUAAACUACUUGUUUUAAAGACCUGUGAUAGAAGACUGAGGAUGGAUCAGCAACGUAGUUUCUGCACAAUACUAACCUAAAUGAAGGAAGCCUGUACAGAAUAAAAAUAAUCCAAAACAUGCAUUCUGUUUGCAAUAAGGCACUAAAGUAAAACUGCAAAGAAUGUGGCACAGAAAUGUACUUUGUCCUGAGUACAAAGUGUCAUGUUUGGAACAAAUCCCACAUCACUAACUAAUUCAUAUUUCCAAGCAUGGUGGUGGCUGCAUCAUGUUAUGGUUAUGCUUGUCAUCGGCAAGGACUAGGGGGGGAUAAAAAAUAAAUGGAAUAGAGCUAAGCACAGGCACAAUCCUAGAGGAAAACCUGGUUUAGUGUGCUUUUCAACAGACACUGGGAGACACUCACCUUUCAUCAGGAAAAUAUCAAAUCAAAUUGUAUUAGUCACAUGCGCCGAAUAUUAAACAUUAAAUACAAGGUCAAACAUACACUGGAGGUGCUUACCAAGACUACAUUGAAUAUUUCUGAGUGGCUUAGUUACAGUUUUGACUUAAAUUGUCUUGAAAACGGCUGUCUAGCAAUGAUCAACAACCAACUUGACAGAGCUUGAAGAAUUUGAAAAAUAAUAUGCAAAUAUUGUACAAUCCAGUGUGCAAAGCUCUUAGACUUACCCAGAAAUACUCACAACCUUAAUAGCUGCCAAGGGUGAUUCUAAACAUGUAUUGACUCGGGUGUGAAUACUUAUGUAAAUGAGACAUUUCUGUGUUUCAUUUUCACUACAUUUACAAAAAUGUCUAAAAACAUGUUUAUACUUACUAUACGUUAUGGGUUGAGAGAUGGAUGGAUGAGAGAGAAACAUAUUUAAUCCAUUUUGAAUUCCAGCUGUAAUGCAAUAAAAUGUGAAAUAAAUCUAAAAGUAUGAAUGCUUUCUGAAGGCAUAUUGCACUCACCUGGCGGCCUCGUCUAUGAUAUUAUAUCUGAAUCACGUUUGAUAGAUGUCAGUUUUAUCCAUAAUACGCAAGGUUUCAGUUUAACAAAGUAUGUUGUCUAUUUAGUUGUGAACUAUCAAUCCAGUUGAUUAAGACUCAGAAAUCUUGGUUACAGGGAACAUUAAUGUCAGUGUAAUUUUGAUUUCAUAAUGUUUGACUUUCACCCCACGGAAAGCAGCAGUAGCCAUCACCUUCACCCUAACCCAGCACAAGGCAUGGUUCUCCUCUGUACUGAUAUGGGAUCAGACUAUUUACUGAUCUAGAAUCAGUGAAGUUGAGGAGAAUCUGAAAGUUGCUGCUUCACUCUGAGGAUUGGGCUCAUACACGCCACACCCACAAACCACACUGAAAUAAACAUGAUCUGGUUGUAUUCCUGUGAUGCAAACAUUUGUGUGUGUGUGUGUGUGCUGUAUGCUUGUUUGUCUGUCACUGAUAUUUAUAGCUUUAUUUGCUCUUUUAUUAUUGAUACUAUUAUUUUGUUUCAAACAAAUAAAGGGAUGAAAUAUCCAAAUACUUA